AGUUGAAUCUUAUCAGGCGAUGAUGUAAAACGUGCAUUGUCUGUCAUUUAAAAAAUAAUUCUUUUCGUUAUCAGUCAAGUUUGUAUUGUGUAAUGAUUUAUUAAGUUGCUUAAUCGUGCGAAACUUAACAUUAAAUUUCAAGAUUCAUUAACUUUCACACGAGACUGAAAAUUUUGACUGAAAAUCUGUUUUAGUGAAUUUCUUUUUAAUGUGAUGAACAACAAAAAUGUGCUGAUUACGUGACAGUUGUGAAUGACAGAAGUAAAGAGUUUCUUAUCAGCUUAUCACACGGAAAUUUCUGUGCCAACAUAAAAAAAUAAACAAAAAAAUGAGCAAUUUAAGUGUCAACGAUGUUUUAACUUUCAAUCUCAAUUAUAAAGUAACGAAGAAAGUGAAGAAAGGAUUUCUAGGCUUUCGAAAUGAAACGCAAGAAACUGUUAUCCUUAAUGACGUGAAAGGAAGAAUCGAGUCUGGCACCAUGACAGCAUUACUCGGCGCCAGUGGGUGUGGAAAGACGACACUUCUCGCUGCACUUUCACAGAGAUUAAGAGGAAAACUUAUCGGAGAGAUUAGAUUCAAUGGCGAGGUCAUAGAUCGGUCUAAGAUGACAAAUAUCUCAAGUUUCGUGGCACAAAGUGACGUCGCUCUCGAAGGCUUAACCGUCCGUGAACAUUUUCAUUUCAUGAUUGAACUGAAAGUGCCGAAAAUGUCGGCCUUCGAGAAAAGUCGGUUAAGUGAAUCGUCUUUGACGAAAUUUGGUUUAAAAGGCAGCACAAAGUUGAAGUUUCUCUCGGGGGGAGAAAAGCGGAAGUUGAGCUUAGCCAGUGAGUUACUGACGAAGCCACAAAUUUUAUUUUGUGAUGAACCGACGUCAGGUCUUGACAGCUUCAGCGCUUUUUCUGUUAUGAACACACUUCGAGAACUUUCAGGAUAUUCCAGCAACAAUCCAAAGCAGAUUUCGUCGUCAUCAUCUCGCAUCAUUCUCUUCUCCAUUCAUCAACCGACAUCCGACAUCUUUCAACUCUUUACAAAUGUCAUUCUCAUGAAGUCGGGACGAAUAAUUUUUCAUGGUUCCGUGCAAGAAGCUGAAAAUCUCUUCACAAACAUGGGAAUGCCAUGUCCACCACGAUACAAUCCAGCUGAGUUUUACGUUAAAAGAAUUUCUGAUGCGAAAGUUUCUGAUGACAUCAUCAAACGCGUGGGUGUCAAUGAAGAAGAAAAGUUGAAUGAAGAAAAUAAGAAAACUUCGUCACAUUAUGAUGAAAACUUAUCAGCUCGAUCGAAAGCUUCGUGGUUGCGUCAAGUUUAUUUGCUAUCGCAACGAACUACUCUCAACUUCCUUCAUGAUCCAAAACAUUAUCUCAUCGAAUUUCUCAUUCUCAUCGUUUUUGCUUUAAUCAUCACCGCAGUGUAUUCAGGAAUUUCUUUUGAAUCUCAGGCACCAGUUCAAGACAUCAAAGGCUUUCUGAUAGUUGUCGCAACUGAAAUCUUGUUUGUUUUCGUCUAUGCUGUCUUCAUGUUGAUCUAUGAAGUGCUUCCGUUGUUACGUAAGGAAAUUGGAAAUCGUCUUUAUUCCCUCUCUGCGUAUUAUGUUUCGAUUGUGUUACUUUCAAUCCCACGAGUCUUUCUUGAAACUCUCAUCUUCACUGCCAUCAUUUAUUUUCCGACUGAUAUAGGCCGUGACUUUAUCACGUAUUUGCGUAUUUGUUUGUCGGUGUCAAUGUCAGGAAUUUGUGCAAUGGCUUACGGCUUCUUUCUUUCCGGUUUAUUUGAAUCAUUUCUCAUCGGAACUGAGCUGUCAGCUAUUCUCGAUUUGGUGCUCAUACUUGCUGCUGGUGUUUAUAUCAACGUCAGAAAUGUUCCAUUCUUAAAAUACGCUUCGUUCUUCUACUACGCAAAUGAAUGUGUUGCGAUAGAUUUCUGGUUAACUGUUGACGACAUCAAGUGUAGUCGAGGAUUUAAUUGCUAUACGAAUGGCACGGCUGUACUUGAAAGUCUCGCUUUUGGCACCACUGAAUAUGAUGUUUACAAGAACUAUCUUUAUCAAUUCAUCUUGACAUUCAUGCUUCACGUUAUGGCUUUUCUUGGUAUCAGGAAAAAUGUUCGCCGAACUGGUUUCUACUGAAUCAAUUUAUUUGUAAUUUAAAUAAUGUUUCUUCUCUUCAGGUUGUAUACGAAUCCCAAUCUACAUUUUAUAAAAUACGCGUAAUAUUAAAAAAAGAGAAAAAUAAACAAUUUUUGAUACUAACAUGUC